AUGGAAAAUAAUGAAAAUUUUGUGUGCUACUUAUGCUGCACAAAUCAAGCCGAAGUCCAAUGCCACUGUUCUAACCCUUCUUUAUUUUUCUGCAAAGAAUGCAUUGCAGAGCACAUCUUUUCCCAAAGUUCAGUAAUACACACCCAAUCAUCAUUAGAUAUCACCGGAAACUACUAUACAAAUUUCAUAUGCAAAGAAUGCUGCAAGUUUAAUGCUGAAUACGUCUGUUUAUGCAGCGACUCGAUACAAACAUUUUGUGACUCUUGUCUUGGGGCUCACAUUAAGAAAUUCUCGUUAUCCAAAAGAAGCCAUGAAAUCGAGCCGAUCGAAUCCCUUGAAUUUUUACAUGAAAUUGGUGAAAUUUCUGAGUUUUUGGAUAGGAAAGUUAUUGUGAGGAAAAUUAGAGAUGCUUUAGAAUUACAGAUAAAAAAUCUAGGAAGAUUUGGAGAUAAAAUUAUAGAAGAAAAAAAUGAGCUUAUUAAAUUGAUAGAGGAUACAGUGAAUUCUAAGCUGGAAGUGUUUGGUAGAUAUAAAAAUUAUUAUUUAAGGAUUAUAGAGGAACUUGACCAGAUAAAAUUCUCAAGAGAACUGGACAACCAAACCUGCCUUGGGCAUUUGCUAGGAAUCAGUUUAUCCCACAUCGAUAAAAGCUUGAAACGAGCUUUUGCAGUCCAAAUGCAUACAAAUUUCGACUUAGCAUUCAAAAGCGUUUCUGACUUAAUCGAAUUUGAAGGCCCGAAGCUUCCUGAAAUCGUAUCUGAGAGAAAAAUGUAUUACUUCAAAACUUUCAGCCAAGAAGUCACAAUUUUUAACCCUUCUGACAACUCUUUUGUCACAAGAGAGCUCGACCACUCCAUCACAUUUAAAAAUAAUUCCUCAUGAUGCAUUAUUUCCUCUGAAAGUCUGCUAUAUUGUGGCGGCUCUUUAGGAUCAAAUUAUUCAGGAGAAACUUAUAUCAUAGACCUCGUUACCAAUAAAAUCAAACAAGCUGGGAAUAUGCUGAUUCCUCGAUCUCAAGCUGCUAUAGUUUACUAUGAAAAUGAGGUCUAUAUAUUUGGCGGCUUCAACGGAAGCAAUAUAAAAGCUUGUGAAAAAUUAUCACUAAAAAAUCUGAAAUGGGAAAGAAUUCCUGAUAUGAAUCAUGCAAGAAGCAGCUUUACAGUAGCGAUCCUUAAUGGAUUGUUUUAUAUGGCUGGGAUGGGAGGCCCUGAAAUAGAGGUGUAUAACCCUUUAGACAAUUCUUUUCAGCUUUUUGGACUAUCUUUGCCUAAAAAUUGUGUUAGCACUAUGAUUAGUGUGGAAAAUAAAAUUUUUAUAUUUUUACAAGACAAGCUAAUAUCGCUAGACCCUGAAUACAAAACUUUUGAUUUGCAGUGCACUAUUAGGUCUAAUUUGUGGUGAAGUGGGUGCCCACCUUUGGUUUUGGAAAGCAGGAUACUUUUAUAUUCAUGCAUUUCUGCAUAUGAGUUAUGGCAGUAUGAUUCAAAAAGCCAAGUGAUGUCUUUAAUAACUAAAAUUUAA